UGUUGUUAUACUGGUUAUUAAUAUUUGGGAUAUACUGCAUGAUGGUGUGAGUGUUUGUGUAUUAAUGAGGCUUGUAAAGAUGAUUAGCUUAUCAUGGCAUGACCUAUAGGAGACUGAUAGUGAGCUCCACGUGCAGGUCAUCAUACCUUCCGGCUGUUUUCUUGUGGUUUUUUUAUUCAAUUUUACGACACCAUUUUUAUGAUAUUGUCCAAAAUGAGGUUAGCACGCGGUAUAUAAGUUGAGUCGUGAGUGUUUUAGCGUGUCACAGAGUGUGUGUGAGUGUGUGUGAGUGUGUAAAAGUGUAAGAGACGAGCACAGGAUUUUUUUGUUGUUGUUGCGGCUUUUUUUUUGCGGAUCAUUUUGCGACAGAAGAGACAGAGAACCAUGCACGACAUGUCCAUCCUCUUUACGGCCGUGUGUUUGGCUUUUUUACUGAGUAAAGCCCCUGGGUUUAGAGCUGAACCUCUGCACAAUGAUUUCCUCCAGGAUAUUUUAGCAGUUUACGGCCAGAACCGGUUAUUAGAUAUUAACGGGAUUAACACUUUACUGGAAACGGUCUCUCAGGCAAAACCGGCGGCUCUGGACACACUCACUGCGCAUGCGCAGUGUGGAUCUGCGGAGGAGAUUCUUGCUGUCUACGGUCUCGGCAACCUGACUCACCUGGACGAGACGCACCUGAGGACCAUCUGCCCCGCCCUCCUAAACAGAGCACUGCUGCCCCCCUGUCCUCUACGAGCAGCUGAGCCUAAAAUACACAUAGAGGACCAUGUGUGGGGUUAUGGUUUCCUGGCCGUUACCGUCAUCAACCUGGCCUCCCUCCUGGGUCUCAUUCUCAUCCCCUUCACCAAGAAACCCUACUUCCCUAAAGUGCUCACAUACUUCAUCGGGCUGGCCAUCGGGACGCUGUUCUCCAACGCUGUGCUGCAGCUCAUACCUGAGGCUCUGGGGUUUGACCCGAAAUCAGAUAACUAUAUCCUGAAAGCUGUUGGGAUCUUCGGUGGAUUUUAUCUGCUCUUCUUCACUGAGAAGAUCCUGAAGAUGUUCCUAAAGACCGACCACGAGCAUGGACACAGUCACUUCAGUCCUCCCGAGGUUCCUCAGCAAAACGGAGGAACCGUCAUAGCCGUCACCAGCUUCAGCAUCUCAAGCAGCGACAAGAGCAGCAUAACUUCAGAAGUUACAGUGGAGCAGACGCUGCCGUCUCAGGGUUGCUGUGUGAGGCUGGCGAGGGUGAAGACGCUGGCGUGGAUGAUCACACUCAGUGACGCCCUUCACAACUUCAUCGACGGCCUGGCCAUCGGAGCCUCCUUCACCGUCUCCGUCCUCACCGGCUUCAGCACCUCCAUCGCCAUUGUGUGUGAGGAGUUCCCUCAUGAGCUCGGUGACUUUGUGAUCCUGCUGAACUCGGGGAUGAGCAUCGGCCAGGCUGUGCUGUUUAACCUGCUCUCAGCCAUGUCGUGUUACUUGGGAUUGGUGUUGGGAGUCCUGCUGGGCAGCACAUUCGCACCCAAUGUCAUAUUUGCCCUUGCUGGAGGGAUGUUUCUCUACAUCGCCCUCGCCGAUAUGUUCCCUGAGAUGAAUGCCAUCGCUAAGGAGCAGCAGCGGAGCAUCAAGACAGACGCGGUGUUCUUCCUCAUCCAGAACGCUGGGCUCCUCACCGGGUUCUCCGUCAUCCUCCUCAUCACCAUGUUCGCUGGAGAUAUUAAUCUGGGCUGAGCCUUCAACUCCACAACACUGUGUGCCUUAGUCCUUAACAAAAAGAACACAAAAGCAAUACUGAUUGUAACAAUACACUAGAACUGAUCAUGAACUAACACUCUUGUACAGCAAAUAGAUUCCUCAGCAUGAGCAUAUUUUUAAUGACCAAAAUGCGAAGUCUAAAGAUUAUUCUUUUUUUUUGUAUAUUGUUUUAAUCAAUAGUAAAAUGUGUUGUCUAAUCAAUUUUUUUUAUAUACAACUCUUUCUUAUUUUAACUAUUUCACAUCUGAAACAAUGCCUGUGUAUUUUCUUACAAAGAAUUAAGUAACAGUUGUCAAUUAAUAACAUAAUCCUAAUUAUUUUGGUAGUACUUAUGAAGGCCACACAGAAUAAAUGUGGUCGUAGAAGGUUUACACAUCUGUACUUCAUAAGCUGGGCAUAGUAUCAGUAAACUGACUAUUCCAUAAAGGAUUGGAUCCUUAUAAUACAGGUCUAUAGAUUCUACCACAUCCUUAUUUUAUACUUAAUUAAUUUAUUAAGAAAAUAAAGCACUAUUUAAAAACA